AUGGCUAAACUUUUUGUUCACGGCCUUUCAUGGCACACCAAUGAUGAUACUCUUCGCGACGGAUUCCAGCAAUUUGGAGAGAUCCAGGAAGCUAUCGUCGUCAAGGACCGCGCCACUUUGCGCAGCCGUGGGUUCGGCUUCGUCCGUUUCGCUACUGAUGCUGAAGCCGAUGCUGCAAUGAGUGCCAUGAACAACCAAGAAUUCGACGGACGUACUAUUCGCGUCGACAAGGCCUUUGACCGCCCCCCUCGUCCUGAGGGUGGCUUCCAGGGUCGCGGCGGGUACAACACGCAGCCUGGUCAAGGUUACCAGGGCGGUGGUGGCGGCUUCGGCGGCGGUGGUGGUUAUAAUCGUGGAUAUGGUCAGCAGCAGCAGCAGCAGCAGCAACCCUACAAUGGCAACGGUGGCUAUGGCGGUGGCUAUGGCGGCGGUUAUGGCGGUGGUCAGAAUGCCGGAUACGGUGGCGGUGGUGGCUGGCGCAACAAUAACCAGGCUCCGGCCCCCGAGCAGGGCAACUAA